GAAAAUUUUUCAUUGUUCAUACAACAUUUGUCACAGAUUUCGUAUAAAAAUAUUUCUCAAUUUUUUAAUUAUUUCUUACUUAUCCAACCUAACGAGUAUUUGCAAAAACUAUAUAAACCUAACAUGGAAAUUGGUCCAGAAGGCCCCCGGGUAACGGUACUUGAUGACAAUUACCUGGCUAAUAUUGAAGCUGAGUUGUCACAACCGCAGGAAGCUCCACCCAAAAAGAAGAAGAAGAAGUUAACCAAAGCUGAAAAGAAAGAGUUAAGAUUGAAAAAAGAGAUCGAGUUUAAGAAAUUACAGUUAACUCAACAUUUAAAACGGGAGCUCGAAUUAUCCAAGCGAUCUGCAAGAAGAGGCAAAGAGGAUUGGGAAGAAAUAUGCCAGACGAUCAAAAUAGAAGAACUAAAAACAGAAGUACUGGAGUGGCAGACGAAAGCCCAACGUGUGAUGCAACGAAAAGAUGAAAAAAUUCAAAGUCUUUUGGCAGACAUUGACUCCACACAAGAGAUGCACAAAAGAAAUUUCGAGCGUCAUCUACAGGUGCUGGAUUUUACCAUUAUUUGUUACCACACCUUAAUUGAAGUUUCUAAGCAACUUUAUGAGACAGAGGCACAGCAAGUUAUUGAAGAUUUCCAGGAAGAACUAAACUCCCGAAAAGAGAUCGAAAAUGGCUUUCGAAGCAAUUGCGAAAAUAUCAUGCAUGCCACAAAUUUAGUAGUAGAAAAUCAAAUGCUCACCGACUAUGAUAUAUUUGUGGACAAACAAGAUAGUAGAGUGAAUACUGAGAUUGAGAAACGUUUUCAAAUACGAGACAGCGUCAUCGCAAAAAUGAAGGCAUUACACAAACAGCUCAUUGACUUUAUUACCUCACAGAUGAAUACCUCGUUGGAUCCAAAAAAGUAUGAGCACAUACAUAUGCUAAUGGAGCGGCAGCGUAAUUUCGUCAUCGAAUCGAGGAAACUAAAUGACGUAGAAUUGCAUCUGACGCGCACAUUUAGCGACCUGCAACGCGAUUUGUUGCACAGUGAAAUUGAGGCGCAGCGACGACUCACCGACUUACGACUAGAGCAGGAAUAUUUUAUGCAGGUGCGCAAGGGAAUCGAACGAAGCAUCCAACGCGAUAGGCGCGCAACAUUCGAGAAGUUGCAAACUGUGUCUGGCGAAUGCUAUGGCAUGCUGAAGGACUACCAGAAGCUUUUGAAGUAUGGCGAGUUGCUGCUUUCGCUCACUGCCAAUUGCCGUAAAUUACAAACAGAAUCAGAAAAAGUUGUAGCACCCACGGAUGAGAAGAGAAUCUCCGAGGAGCAAAUGGCAUUCCAGUUGCAAGCGCUGAAUUUAGAAUCGCAUGUGGACAUGACCGAAGAGGAACUUUUAAGGCAAAUGGAGCUCAUGCACAAUUUUUGGCAUCGUCAGGCGCUUGCCACCACCGAAAAUCUUGUUCUAACCAAAGAAAAGCGUGAAUUACUAGAAGAAAAUAAAAAAUAUAUAGAUUUUAUAAAGCUAAUGAGCAAACGGGAAAAUAUUGAAGAUAUGUUGAAAGCCUUGACUGUGACUCCUUUAUUACCUGGAACCCCGGAUAAGUGUUUGCAUGCAUAUGUCUCACAUAGAAUACUUAAAUAGACAAUUUCGUUCUUUAUUUUCGAAAAAUAUAUUAGUAAUUUUGGAAACUCUCA